UAGUUUUGGAAUGCUUAUAUGGGAACUAUGUUUCGAAAGGAUUCCUUAUGAAAAUCGAAAGUUUGAUGAAAUAUCAUCUUAUGUUAAGAUGGGUGGAAGAGAAAAAAUCAAUUUUGGUCCUGCUAGCCCAGAAGAUAAAGAAAUUCAAAAGGAAUUUGCAAAUAUUAUUAGGCAAGCCUGGUGUCAGAAUCCAUAUGAACGUAUAAGUAUUGCACGACUAUUUUUGACAUUGGAAAAUUUAGCCUCAAAACACGUGAUCUCUGAUGAUUCUUCUGGGCUUCUUCCUGAUAAAUCCAUCGAUUUGGAUGGAUCCAAAUCCAAAGAUUUUCAUUUGCCACCAUUUAAUGAGGAAUAUACCCUUGUCGAUGUCCUUCCUGACCCCAUAAAAACAGUACCCCUUCUUGAAGAAGGAAUUGCUGCUCAUAAAAAUAAAGAAUAUGAAAAGGCCUGGAAAUGCUUUGAAGAGAAUGCCAAAUUUGAAAAUGCUCACGCGAAAUACUGGCAAGGAUAUUAUUUACAAAAUGGUUUAUUUGUCAAAAAGGAUCUUGAUAGAGCUACUAAACUCUAUAAGGAAGCUGCUGAUGAUGGUAUCCCCAGUGCACAGCUUUGUUAUGCAUUUGCUAUUGCAGCCACGAAGGAUUUUAAGACAGACCAAAACAAAAUUUCAGAGUUCCUUAGGUACUUAAAUUUGGCUUCUGAAAAUGGUAAUCAUGUUGCCAUGCAUAAUUUAGGGGAUAUCUAUCUUAAUGGAAGACUUGGUCAGGAGAAAGAUGAGAAAGCUGCUUUGAAAUAUAUAAAAUUAGCUGCUCUGAAUGGAAAUUCCAAAGCAACUGAGAAAUUGAAAGAAUUGAAAGUGAACAUUUAUGAUUCUGACAAUAAUUAAUACUAAAAUAUUUUCAAAUGUAUAAUAGAUUAUUUAAAUCAUGUAAAAAAUGUUAUUAUUUGUUAUAAUUUCAAAUUACUUGUAGUAUUAGUAGAUUAACAUUAAGGUUUAGUUUUAAAGCAGGU